UUUAUAAUUGAUAUAAGAAUCAACACGUUGCAUUUAAAAUGGAUGCGUUUAGUACGAAAUGGAAACAGCGAAUGUAGUUGCUUUGAAUUUUAUUUGCCUUUUACCGAUCCUGUUUUGUUAUUCAUUACCUUUAACAUCAAGUGAUUACGACGUUUCCGAAGGGUUAAUUCUUCUACAUGUGAUUCACCGUCAUGGAGACAGAACUGCUGAUACCACCACGUAUCCUAACGAUCCAUAUAAAAAUUAUACAUUUUUUCCUCCUGGAGUUGGUCAAUUAACUAAUAUUGGAAAGAAAAGAAUGUAUGAAGUAGGAAAGGAUCUACGACGACGUUACAAUAACUUUUUGGGGGAAGAUUAUUAUCCAGAUAUUUUAUAUGCUCGAACUACAGAUGUUGAUAGAACAAAAAUGUCCUUACAAUUGUCAUUAGCAGGUUUGUUUCCUCCUGACCAGAAGUCACAAUUGGAUCCACAACUUAACUGGCAACCAAUACCAUACAACUAUGAACCAUGGAAAACAGAUCAUGUUUUAGGAAUAGCUAGCGUCUUCUGUCCAAAAUAUAACAUACUUUCGCGACAGUAUGUAGAAAAUUUAAACAUGACAAUAAAGGAAAUAGUACUCUUCAAUUACUUAUCAACGCAUACGGGUUUUGAUUUAAUUGACACUAUCAUGAAAACUACAAUUAUAUACAGCGCAUUAAAAACACAGGAAGAAUGGGGUUUCGAACCACCUUCAUGGAUUCCUGGCGUAUGGGAGAAGCCACUUAAAGAGCUUGCAAUAAAGAAUUUUGCCAGACUGACUGCUACUAAGGAAUUAGCAAAAUUAGCAGGAGGUUUCUUUAUUAAAAAGGUUUUAGCGGAUACUAUGAGCAAAAUCAACGGUUCAUUAAUACCACAAAAUAGAAAACUGUUUUUAUAUUCGGCGCACGAUUACAAUUUAGCUUCCAUUUUGGGAACAUUGGGAGUAUUUCCAAAUAAAUUGCCGAAUUACGGUUCCCAAGUAAUUAUUGAAGUUCGCUAUGUUGAUGGAGAGUACGGAAUGCAAAUACUCUUUCAGGAUAACGAAGGAGAUCCCUCUCCAGAACUAUUAACAAUACCUGGGUGCACACCCUUUUGCCCCUUGAACGAUUUCAUUAAACUUACUAAUGAAAUUAUACCAGAAGACGAAUCUGUAUGUAAUAUUGAUGUGUAGACAUUUAAACGUAAGAAAAAUAAAAUACUGCAUUUUA